AUGGAUGGUUUGCAAGGAUCCAGUACGAACGUUAACCGGAAACGGAGGAGCAAUUUCCUGACGCUGGUGGAGAAGUACGGCGUAGGAUCUUCUACGGUCACGAGAAUAAUCCAAAAGAAAGAAGCAAUUCGUGAGGCGGUGGACAAGUUCAAGGAAUAUGGUGUAAAUAAUCGAAAAACAUUGAAAGAGCAGACGUUCCCUUUGCUGGAAGAAGCUGUUUACAUCUGGAUUUUACAGCAGCGGCAGUCCAACAUUUUGUUGACAGUGGAUAUUCUUAAAGCAAAGGCGGAGCUGCUGUUUAAGAUGUUCCAGGACCGGGGGCUCUAUGCGGUGCACGGUUUUUCUGCUUCGGAUGGCUGGAUGCAUCGUUUUAAGCAGCGGUUUGGAUUGCGCGUGAAAGCCGUAACAGGAGAAAAGGCAUCGGUAAACGUUGAAGCGUACCUAAAUUUCAAGAAGGUCCUACAGAAGAAGAUUCAGGAAAUGCAGCUAUCACUAUCCCAAGUCUUUAAUGCAGAUGAAUCUGCUUUGUUCAUCAAGCUCCUAGCCACACGCUCUGUCGUUACCUGUGAUGAGACCGUGGCAAGCGGACGGAAGCAAAACAAGACAAGGUAUACGUUUAUGCCUUGCUCCAACAUAGAUGGUUCCCUAAAGCUUCCGUUGUAUUUCAUUUGCACAGCUGCAAAACCACGAGGAAUCAACAUCGAAGAACUUCCCGUUUCAUAUAAUCAUUCCAAAAAGGCUUGGAUGACCACACUGUUGUUCCGUCAAUGGUUCCACGAAGAAUUUGUCCCCGCUGUUCGAAAAUUUUCGGCCGAGAGAGGAUUGGAGCCAAAGGCAUUGCUGGUUCUUGAUAAUUGCACCAGUCAUUAUGACGUUGACGAAUCUCUACAGAGUGACGAUGGACUGAUUCAAGUGAUCUACCUCCCACCAAAUGUAACUGCUGAAUGCCAGCCGAUGGACCAAGCGGUCAUCAAUGCAAUCAAGCGAAAGUAUAAAAGAAAAGUGAUGCUCGCAUUAAUUCUGGAAAACGAACACUUAAGUUUCGAAGAACGAUUGAAGAAGAUUAAUCUUCAACAGUGUAUUUCGUGGUUGGCAACCUCUUGGGAGGAGAUAUCUGACAAAACUAUACGUAAUUCGUGGAAGAAGUUGAUCGAUGGUUUGCCGGAGGAUGCUGUUAAUGUAGACUCGAAAGCGGCCGAUGAUGACUUCAAAGCGCUUGUGUCCAGGAUUGACAGUUUGGCAGGAACAAAAACAUCUGAGCAAGAUAUUGAUAUGUGGAUCAAAGAUCAGGUGUAUGAUGCUGAUCAUAAUCCAGAUUGGGUAACCAGUGAAGUGUUUGUCAUCAGUUCUCAAGAAAGAUCAACCUGA